UGGUGCAGCAGAAAAAUACUUGGUGCAGGUCUGUCCGUGAAGGAAGUGUUCCCCGAGGAUGACGUCGAGUUUUUCGCGUGUGGAAUCGCGCAACGCGAGCCUCGGCGUCGGCCCUGAGAACGGGGUAUGAACGGCCGAGCAAUGGCAGUGAAUUUCUCGUGGUUCCCGACGAAAAGGCGAAUCGAUCCUCUCUCACGCUCGAAAUGGUAAUCCUCUUCGUUGUGUCAUCGACUCGAGCCAAGUGUCAAAGCAGCCUCGAGUCUCGUCUCGUUUGACCCCGGGAGGCCCUAACCUCAAUUUCUCGACGAGGCGAUUCCGGAGCAACCAGAGUCGCCUCUUUGUCGUCCGACAGAGUAAAAAUUGGGGGUGUCAAGAUGUACUUAUUCGCUGGAUGGUGAGCGAAUAGUCUCUUCUGCGUUGAAAAGCAGGCUUACUGAGAGCAAGGGUGCCCCUGCGAUGACAGAUACUAUAGGAAGUUGACAAGUCUACGAUAAGUACUCUAAACUAUGAGUAUUGUAACGUUGCUAGUCGUCGAGUGAGUCUGUUCCUUAUCGAGUGAUUAUUACGAUCGUUGCACGAAGCUUCUGACCGUUAAUGCAGGUUUUAAACUUCAUCGUCUGCAUUACGAGUGCCAGCGAGACGAGUCCAUCGAUGUAAAAGAGGAGGCACGUUUCAGUUGAUGUCGAUUGGGAAGAGUGGCCUGAGACUGAAAAACGUAAAAUGGUAAUCGCUAAUCUAUGGAGCGAUUUAAGCUGCCAGAGGAUUCACGGUAACGACAUUAGGCUGUGAACGGGUUCAUAAAUCAAGGUGUUCUUUGUGAUGGUUGAAAAAAGGAUUGUCUUGAUUGAGGGAAUUUUUGUCAUUCCACGACAUGAAUGACCAAACUUUCUCUAGGAUGCGCUUAAAAGUUUUUCUAUUGUGAUCAGCAACGUCUCUUAUAAGUGCAGCGUUAUGCCGGUACAUCAAAUUAACGUUGGUCCGCCGGAGUGGCAACAGCAACUCGGCCCAAUGAAUAAUUCCAGUCCAGCAAGUGGUGAACCAUUGUCCACCGAAUGGAAACCACAGGAAACUGCAUAUGCAAGGGUCGUCACAGUCAUACCCGAUCACUGUCACUCAUCAGUGAGCACGCUGUCAUCGAGCACACAUGACAUUUGUCGAAUAUGCCACUGCGAAGGCGAAGUCGGAGCGCCCCUGCUGGCACCCUGUUAUUGCAGCGGCAGUCUGCGUUAUGUUCAUCAGGCUUGUCUUCAACAAUGGAUAAAGGCAUCGGACACGCGUGCCUGCGAACUGUGCAAAUUCACCUUCAUCAUGCAUGCCAAGACAAAGCCUUUCUCAGAGUGGGAGAAACUCGAAAUGUCUGCCUUGGAGGUUCGUAAGCUCUGGUGUGCGGUGGCCUUCCACGCAGUGGCAGCCCUCUGCGUAGCCUGGUCUCUGUACGUGCUGGUCGAGCGCUCUGUCGAGGAGGCCCGAAGAGGUUACGUCGAUUGGCCCUUCUGGACGAAACUAAUCGUCGUUGUGAUAGGUUCCACCGGGGGACUCGUUUUUAUGUACAUCCAAUGCAAAGCGUACAUCAUGCUCUGCAGGAAGUGGCGUGCGUUUAACAGGGUGAUAUUCAUCCAGAAUGCCCCCGAGAAAGUGGUGCUUCCACCGUCGCCGACGGAUUCCCUCAGAGAGGCGACUCUGCCGCUCAAGGACCCCACUGCCUCGAUGCCGGAGCUUAAUCGCACUCUGUUGCCGCGCACCGUCGACCCUUCCUGCGCUUCCCACGCCGCGAAGCCCGAGUCCGCACCGCCUCCUCAGAGGCACGACGCUCAACUCAAGUUAUACGUAUUCGAGAAGCUCUCCUCGUCGGAGGACAAUUUAUACAAUAAGAGCGAUAACUGCUAAAUCAAUGGUCGACGGAUAGGCCGAUCCUCGUCCGGGAUAGGCCUCGACACGCAGACGAGGAACUUCUGCAUCGUGGGAAACUGUCUACUAACCUUUCGCACAUCACGAGAAAUGCAACUUAACCUCUAAGAGGUUAGAUGAGAAGCUUCGAUUCAGGUGUGUCUACGAGUCGGAAAUGUGCAGUGAAAAAAGGUACGUAAGUGGUAAUCGAGUUGUCUCGUGAUUUCCCCGUGAGACGAUCGCUUCUUAGGUCUGGUAAAACUUGUGGUACUUAAAUAUUAGGACGGAGCGUCGAGAAGCCAAGUAGAUGGUCGGAAGUAUCUUCGAAUAAGCGGUGCUGGUUUAAUAUUUUGUAUUAAGGAGGCUUUGCUGUCGUUGAUCUGUCUGGUUUUUUGUGGCGAAGUGUAUGGUUUGUUUCGACGAAACAACUCGGUUAUCAGCGUCUGCUUCAGUAGACUCGUGCGAUAAGAGGGAUAACGUCUAAAUUGACGGUCGAUUGAUCAGCUGAUUUUCAGUUGGGAGGUUUCGAGUGUUUGGGAGUUAGAAUUACAUGGAAUAUAGACCCAAGGUGCUCUCUGCAAAAUUAUAAGUGGUGCUAUGUUUUGACUAUGGCCAGGGGAACACCGAAGUGUAUUACCUACAUAGAUGAUGUACGCGAUAAGGAUGGUUCGAUGAUAAUCGGUAAAUGAAACGACUCUCAGUAAAGAGCCCAAAAUGUGCAUUGAUGGCAUCUGUCAAAAUGCAGGAAAUAAUUCAGUUAAACUCAUUAUGGAAAGGAAAGAUGCGUGAAAAUCAAAAAGGAGUUCAUACAAUAUGAAUCCAAUCAGCGGUUAAAAUAGUAAAUGGAAAGUCUUUCCAAAUUGAAGGAAAGGGAGGUAAGACCUUUACCAAAAUAGAGACAGGGCGAAACUUGUUGGAUUCGUCCUUGACAAAAAUUUAAUGGACUGUGAACCAGGUGCUCGUAGACCUGGUCGACUAUGGUGAUUAAUAGCGACGGAGUUAACGUGAACUCGCUGCGUUGCACGUUUCUUUUUAAAUGAUCGAACUCCCGAAACCCGAAGGCCUCCCCGUCGGAGCGCCGUUAGUUGGCAUUUAGUACUUUUGGUGCUAACAUUUAAUCGUAGGCAACGGUAGUACGUGGUGAUCGCGCGUGUCCAGGGUAAUGAACACUCUCUUGCCAGGUCCGGUGGAAACUCCGCUAUCGUCGCCACGUAACACCGCUGAUCCAUAGAGUACAUCCGCGUAUCGAAAGGAAGGAAGCCCCCCUUAUCCGCUACCCAAUUUUUCUCAACAGCAGACAAUUAUGUACAUAAUUAUCGUAUCUGUGAUGUUAUUGAAUAAACUUUACCAUAUUUAAACAAGACGUUCUUUUCGUCGAACGCG